CCGUUUCCUCUCAACUUCAUUCUUCAUUUUCCAAUUCUCGUGCAACACUCUUCUAAGUCACACCAAACCUAGUUGAGUUGAACCUCACAUGAUGUCUGGAUUCCCAAAGCUCAUUCCGGCUUUCACCGCCCAUAUUGCCAUCGAUCCCCCAGUAACAGUCGGAGCCGUCAGCAAAGGUGCACCUCUUGCUGUCGUCCCGUUUGUAACCCAACACUCGUUCUUAAAGAGCGAGCCCGACUAUCCCAUCAAAGUCGACGCAGUCUUCACCCACGGCGCUGAUUACAUCCGUCAAGAUCCCUCUGGCAAGCUGGUUCGACUUGAUGUUAACUCUAUCCUGAAUGAUAAGAGUGGCGCGAUCAUUGUCUAUAAGUACAGUGGUAUUGUGACUUUGACUGAGCCCACGGGAAAGGUAUUGGGUGGUGCUGAGGAUGCGAAGACUACGGAUUUCGGUGAUGGUGUUACACACGUGCUGCUCGAGACUGGAGAUGAGGCAUUGAAGGAGCUGGAGGCAAAGAUCUACGUCGCAAGCGGACGGUUCAUCCUUGAAGCUGGAAAGCCUGUAAUUGUCGAGUACAAGAUCAGUGAGGUAUCUGCUUGAUGAUUAUCACGGUGGAAAAGGGAAAAGGAAUGUUCUAUGUUUCUUUCAUUGCUGUAUCGACGUUUCUGAGUCUACAACUACAGUCGAGAACGCUCUCGUUCAUGGAAUGAAAUUUCAGAAACGCCAUUGUAAAACCAUCGCUGGAACAUGCCAUCAAGUCCGCAUAUGCAUGUAAGGAAAAUCGUUGACCAUCGGUGUAUGUGAAACCACGCGUAGAAAUCAGAAGUCUGUAGGUUAGGAAACCAGU